UCUUUUGUUCUUGUUUUAUCGAAUGGAGAGCUCGAGCUUUUUUGCGAUGGUUUCUCUCUUGCGAUCGAUUGCUUAGGGUUAGGGUUUUGGAUCUUUGUUUUUGCCUGUGGAUCCGAGUUUUCUAGGAAUUUUUUGUGUGAUUGAUCACGAUUUCAUUGCCGGAACUCUGGGAUUGCUCUCGGAUUGCAGGUUUUCAGCCUUUCAGGACGCAUCAGCAUGAAUGCACUGCCCAGUGCAGUUAUUUGUUCACCUGCUGUCAGCCUGAAGCUUGCAGGCAAUCGUGUUCCACUGUUAAGUUAUCACAUAACAAAGGCUGGGCUUGUUAGAAAUGUAUUCUUAGGGACUAAAGGGAAAUGCAGGGAUGUGGAUAUGGCGGGAGUUGACACUCUUUUCCCUCAAACUAGCGUAAAAAAGAGGGGAGGUAUUUUUUGUACCUUCAGCUCAUCUUCUGACAAUAAUGGGAACACUGCUGGGGAUUUCAUGGAAAACGGUGAAGAAUACGUGGACUCUAGUGUGAUUGAAGCUGUUGAGGUGAAAAGUGGUUCAGAUGGUUUCUUGAUUAAAAUGCGUGAUGGGAAAAAUUUGAGAUGUGUUCACAACAACCCUCAUGGAGGGCUUCUUCCAGACUAUGCUCCUCAUCCUGCGAUGGUUUUGAAGAUCGAAGAUGGAAGUGGCCUUCUUCUUCCUAUUAUUGUUUUGGAGACGCCUAGUGUGAUGCUAAUGGCUGCAAUUCGAAAUAUUCCUAUUGCAAGGCCAACUAUAUACUAUGUAGUUAGAGAAAUGAUUGAGAAGAUGGGAUAUGAGGCACAACUGGUUAGAGUGACGAAACGAGUGCAUGAAGCAUAUUUUGCUCAGAUGUACCUUUCUAAGGUUGGGAAUGAGCAAGAAUGUGUCUGCUUUGAUCUCCGCCCCUCUGAUGCAAUUAAUAUAGCUGUAAGGUGCAAGGUCCCCAUUCAAGUCAAUAAACAUCUUGCUUACAGUGAUGGGAUGAGAGUUGUUGAACCAGCCAAACAAGCUUUGCCAGGUUCACUUUUUGAUGGGAUGCUAUUUUCAGAACUUGACAGGCCGGAUGGCCAGCCUUGCUUGGAUUCCAAAGAGUUCAACAUUGUCCGCAACAUGCUGAUUGCUGCAGUUGAGGAAAGAUACAGAGAUGCUGCUCAAUGGAGGGACAAGCUCAUGGAACUCCGGGCCAAGAAGAGGAACCGGUGACAAGCUCAUGGAAAGCAUUGUUUUGACUAUGUUGUUUCAUAUGGAGAUGUGCAUAAGAAAAACCUCAAUAUGAAGCAGCGAGGCAAGAGAGCUUCGAAAUUGGUACCUCUAAUUAGUUAUCAUGAUGUAUGUCUUUAUAUAUUGUAUAUGUUGUUUAUCAUGUGUAUAUGUGUAUAUGUGUACAGAUAUGAUGAUAAACUCAGCAGACUCCCAAUGGACUCUAUAUUCUGUUUCUUGUUAUAUAUGUAUAUAUAUAUAUAUAUAUAUAAUGCAAACCUCUUGGCU